AUGUCAACUGUGUACUCUAAAUCUAUUGCCACCACCAUUAUCAAUCGACACGACAACUUCAGAUCAAACUUUCCGACCAUGGUCAAGCAUGAGAAAGAUAUAGAAAGCUUGUUCAGGCAUUCAAUAAAGCUUGGAAGGAGGCUUGUUUUUUUUGAAGGAGGAGCUGUUCUUGUAAUACCGACUAACAGGACAUAUCAUCUUAAGCCAAUUACUUUUCUAGGUCCUUGCAAAUCCCUCCUUACAGUGAUGCCUUGCGUGGGUGCACCAACGGCUGUGACCUUCGACAAUUGCAUAAAUUUGAGAGUGGCCAACAUAAGGAUUAAAAAUGCACAGGAAAUGCAUCUAACUUUUCAAGAUUGUGUGAAUGUCAAAGCUUCAAAUCUCAAAGUAAUUGCACCAGAGAAUAGUCCUAACACUGAUGAAAUUCAUGUCACUAGAACUCAAAAUAUUCAGAUUACGUGCUCUCUCAACAGAACAGAUGAUGAUUGUAUUUCCAUUGUGAGUGGGUCUAAAAAUGUUCGAGCAACGGAUAUCAUAUGUGGACCAGGCCAUGGAAUGAGCAUUGGAAGCUUAGGAAAAAAUAAGGCAGAGGAUGAGGUUUCAGAUGUGGUUGUGGACAGAGCAAGAAUUUCGGGGACCACAAAUGGAGGAGGAUCUGGAUACGCAAAGAACAUCAAAUUCCAAAACAUUAUCAUGCACAAUGUGACUAAUCCCAUAAUUAUAAAUCAGAACUAUUGUGAUCAGCUGGAAUCAUGUCCAGAACAGCACUCAGCUGUGCAAGUAACGAAUGUGGUGUACAAGAACAUCAGAGGAACCAGUGCUUCAGAGGUGGCUGUUAAACUUGACUGUAGCACGACCUUCCCAUGUAAUGGCAUUGUGUUGCAGAAUGUAAAUCCAGUCCGUGAAGGAGAGACAAAAGCAAAAGCUUCAUGCCAAAACGUCAGACUACCAAGCACAGAGAGGGUCUCUCCACUUUGCCAAUGA